ACAGACCAGGGACCAGGAGGAGGAGUGGAUGUGUAGAGCUUUUGAGGCCCUAGAGAAGUGAGGGAACCAACCUCAGCUGCCUUCAGCUUCCUGGAGAGAAUGGCCAAAGGGAGACGCUUCAAACCUGCUUUUGACAGGGAUGGAAGUUGGACAUUCACGAAAAGCCAUCUGAAUGUGAACUUGCAUUGUGACUUGAAGAGGAAUGAAGAGAAAAUCACAGAGCUGACCAGUGUCAUUAUACUCUAGAAGAGAGAGGACUAGCCUAGGUUGACGCAGCAGGCUUGGGGACAAGGAAGAGGUGACUCUAAGCAAAGCAGAGAGAACCUGCCAGUAAUUGUUGAGCAUCUUUUUCUUUUAAUAAAAAUGUCUCUCUUGUCAGUUCCCUCAUAUUGGACUUACACAAAAGACACCAGAAUCCUUCAUGAGUUCUGUGUUAAAAGAGCCUUAUUGUCCACAGUUGAUUCAGCAAGCAGAGAAGAAGCUGCCACCAAUAUACAAAAUCCGGGAGAAGCAAGCAGUAAGUAACAACUUCCCCUUCUCUGUGCAUGACAAUCGUCACAGUUUUGAGAACUCUGGAUGCUACCUUGACUCCGGUCUGGGGCGUAAGAAGAUCUCCCCAGACAAAGGACAGCAUGUUUCUAGAAAUUUCAAUCUUUGGGCAAGUGACUUCAUUCCUUCUUGUCUUGAUGGCUUUUCAAGUAAUCAGAUAGCCUAUGUGUACAAGGAAGCCACUAUAGUCCCGAACUUCAGACGUUUUCCAAAAUGUUACAACAAGGUUUGGGACACCUUCAAAGCUGCCGAGCAAAGCUGCAAGAAGACAAAGUAAGGUUUGCCAUAGACAAAAGGCUAUUUCUCCUCA